AAGGAAAAGAGAAAUUUAUAGCAGUUCAAACUUUAGCAAAAAAUUGGUUAGCAUAUUUAGAAGUGAAGUACAAAGAGAUCAAUAUAAAAGAAAAUUUAAUAAUCAGUAAAGAGAAAAGUGAACAGAAUAAAAAAAAAAAUACCAACAAACCAAAAAAAUAA